AUGUCCGAGAUUCAGAACCACGCCUUCGUUCUCCAGGCCAUCAAAGACGUCAAGUUUGAAGAGCGGCCAUUGCCCAAGCUGCGUGAUGAACACGAUGUCAGAGUUCACAUUGAGCAAACGGGCAUCUGCGGCAGCGAUGUUCACUACUGGCAACGAGGUCGCAUCGGCGAUUUUAUCCUAGAGAGCCCAAUUGUUCUCGGCCACGAAAGCGCCGGCACAGUCGUCGAGGUCGGGGCCAAGGUCAAGAACGUCAAGCUUGGCGACCGUGUUGCCAUUGAACCCGGCGUGCCCUGUCGACGAUGCGAUUACUGUCGCUCAGGCGCAUACAAUCUUUGUGCCGACACCGUCUUUGCUGCCACGCCACCCCAUGACGGGACCUUGCAAAAGUACUACAUUGUGGCAUCAGACUAUGUGUACCCUAUCCCAGACCACAUGUCAUCAGAAGAUGGCGCUCUUGUGGAGCCGGUUGCGGUAGCAGUUCAGAUUGUCAAGGUCGCUGACCUCAGAGCUGGUCAAUCGGUUCUCGUCUUUGGCUGUGGCCCAAUUGGUGUCCUCUGCCAAGCCGUGGCCAAAGCAUCAGGCGCAAGCAGAGUCAUUGGAGUCGACAUUUCAGAGUCGAGAGCCAAAUUUGCCCGAGACUUUGCUGCCGACGAUGUCUACGUCUCGAGCACCAACCGCCCUGAGGGAGUUGACCCCGUCGAUGCGGCUCGGGCCGUGGGUGAGGAGAUUGUCAAGAAGUUUGGACUCGGUGAGGGUGCAGAUGUUGUUCUCGAGUGCACUGGCGCCGAAGCCUGCGUUCAAGCUGGCAUUUUUGCUGCAAAGAAGGGUGGUACAUAUGUGCAAGCCGGUAUGGGACGCGAGAAUGUUGUCUUUCCUAUCACGACGGCGUGUAUUCGUGCUUUGACUAUCAAGGGCUCGAUCCGCUACUCUACCGGAUGUUAUCCCCGAGCAGUUCAGUUCAUUGCCAGCGGCAAGAUCCAGCCCAGGAAACUCAUCACGCAUCGUUUCAAGUUUACAGAAGCUGAAGAUGCGUUUGAGCUGGUAAAGAGGGCAGAAGAGAAGACACUAAAGGUGAUCAUUGAAGGUGUUCCUAAAUAG